AUGGUCCUCUCACGUCGUGGCAGCGGCAGCUUCACCUUGCCCACAGGGCAAACCCUGGCCAUCCACACUAGGACCCACGAUGAGGAAGAUCUCCCCCACGCAACCAAGAAGUGCGUCUUUGUCGCUACGAGACACUGUAAGCCUCAGACAUUCACGUUGACUCCUCAGCGGAUGAGGAUAAUUGUGGAAUCAUUUAAAGAGACUUUAGAGUUGGGCUUGCAAAAGCCUGAACAAAUCGUGCCAAUGAUACCUACCUUCGUCUUUGGUUGGCCGACAGGACAGGAGAAAGGCGACUAUCUUGCCGUCGAUCUAGGUGGCACGAACCUGCGCGUAUGCCUUGUUACCCUACAGGGCGAAGGCAAAUUUGAAAUCUCCCAGUCCAAGUAUCGGCUUACGGAGGAACAAAAGCAGGAAGACGGUCAAAAGCUGUUCGACUUCUGCGCGCAGUGCUUGAAGACGUUCGUUGAUACUAGCCUGGCAGAUGGCUCACUUACUUUGAAGCCUGGGGAGACCCUGCCUCUUGGAUUCACCUUUUCCUACCCAUGCCAUCAGCUGAAAAUCGACCAUGGCAUUCUCAUCCGCUGGACAAAAGGGUUUGCGGCACUCAACACGGAAGGCCAUGAUGUAGCGGAAAUGUUCCGCAAGUCCCUCGUUACAUAUCAACUCCCUGUCACACUUACGGCGCUCAUCAACGACACCACCGGUACCCUUAUCGCGUCCCACUACGUCAACCCUAAUGCCAAAAUUGCGGUCAUCUUUGGCACGGGAUGCAACGCUGCGUAUAUGGAGAAAGUCAGCGAGAUUACGAAGAUAAACGACGUGGGCAUUCCAGGAGACGCAUCGAUGUGUAUCAACUGUGAAUGGGGGGCCUUUGAUUCCUUCGAGCAUGAACACCUCCCAAGGACAAAGUACGAUAUCAUUGUCGAUGAGUCAUCGAAUAAACCUGGGGAACAGGCAUUUGAGAAACUCAUCUCUGGGAGAUACCUUGGCGAAAUCCUGCGUCUCGUAAUCUGCGAGCUAGUUGAUGAGGGGGUGCUCUUCCUAGGGCAGAACACGUACAAGCUCGAGAACCCCUACGUCUUUGACACUGCUUUCCUGUCUUUAAUGGAGAGUGACCCAACUGAUGAACUCCUGAUGAUCAUCGGCAUCUUUUCUCACUUCUUCGCCGUUGAAACUACCCUGGCCGAACGCCAAUUCUUCCGCGCCCUAGCCAAACUCAUUGGGCGACGUGCUGCGCGUCUGAGCGCCUGUGGUAUCGCGGCCAUCGUUGGACGGAUGGGAUACCUGGACAAUGGCGAGGGUUGUGAGGUUGGUGCUGAUGGGUCUUUAUAUAAUAAAUAUCCUGGGUUCGCAGAUCGGGUACAUGAGGGGCUUGUUGACAUAUUUGGAGAGAAGGGGAGGAAGAUUGUGACGCAUCAUGCGGAAGAUGGGAGUGGCGUUGGGAGCGCCAUCAUUGCUGCCAUGACGAAGACUAGAAAAGAGCAGCGCCUCUACGACCACGUCUAAGAAUCCAAGGCCUCACUCAACGUUUUUGCUGUUGAGACUGCGUGGUCAAAGAGAAACUCGAGUAUUUAUAUGUUGUACGUUGAUGAGAUUCGGAGGAGCAAUGUUCAAACACAAAACUAAGAAACUUGUAAGACCACCUAUGUAUGUACUUUAGGACUCUGUUGUUCUGUUUGUUUAGUUAGCAAAUCAUACUAUGUAGAUGCCGUAGAUUUUAACGGAGUGUCCUUUUAAGCUGCC